GCGAACCGUUGAAAUUCACCGGCCGUUUUUGGCCUGUCACCAGAGAGGUUUGAUUUGACCUGUGAUUUUUACGGUUUUGGUUUGGAAGAUGAAUGGGGGCAAUGGAAGGAGCAGGGAUUCUCAUGGCCCUGCAACUUUUUUCACUCAAGCUGAUGCUUUACUCAGGAAGAACCUCACUUUUCAGAAACAUAACAUGAGAACAAAUUGCGGGCUCAUUGCUUUUCCUAUCUACCUCUGUAUCAUAAUCCUCACAAUUCAAGUGCUGAUUAACAAUGAACUCGACAAGCCCAAAAACAAGUGUGGGUGCCAAUGUAUUGACGCAAAUGGAGAUGGGACUUGUGAGAAUGUAUGUGGAAUACAAUAUUCAAGCUUAGAUCAAGUUGGCACUUGUCCAAUACCAAGCCCACCAACAUGGCCAGCACUCCUUCAAGUACCUGGUCCAAAGUAUCGAGCUUCGAGGACUGAUUCAAAUUCCUUAGCUGACUUGCCAGACAGUUCAUGCAAAGAGACAGGGAACUGCCCUGUGACUAUACUUUAUACAGGAGGGAACAAAACACUAGCAACAAGUUUGGCUGGGAAUUUGGUGACAAAUGCUUUUCCUGCAAGUACAUCGGAUUCUUUGACUUUGCUAUCUGAAGUCCUUCCUGGAACAGAUACAAUGCCCGAGCAAAGCAAUUAUCUUGAACCUGCUUUCUUCUCUGGCCACCCCCUAUAUAUUGUUCGACCUCAGUGUGCUUCAAAUUUUAACCUUCCGGUUUCUUUCCAGAUAGCUUCUUAUACAGUUCAACAAAAGGUCGAAUGUGUGCAGGGUUUACAUUUGUGGCGUAAUAGUUCAUCUGUUGUGAAUAAUGAGCUGUUUAAGGGAUAUAGGAAGGGCAAUUCAGCCAAAGAGAUCAAUGAAAUUCUGGCUGCCUUUGAUUUCCUGGACUCUGACCAAAAUAAAUUCAAUUUGAAUGUCUGGUACAACUCAACUUAUAAUAAUGAUACUGGGUUUUCUUCUAUUCCCCUGGUGCGGCUUCCACGCUCAUUAAACAUGGCAUCAAAUGCCUACUUGCAGUAUCUUAGAGGUGCAGGAGUGAAAAUGCUGAUUGAUUUUGUCAAAGAAAUGCCGAAACCUCCAACAAAGAUUAGGCUGGAUUUCUCUUCUAUUCUCGGUCCACUUUUUUUCACAUGGGUUGUUCAAUUACUUCUUCCAGUGAUAUUGACAUAUAUAGUUUAUGAGAAGCAAAAGAACUUGCGGAUCAUGAUGAAAAUGCACGGACUUGGUGAUGGCCCUUAUUGGGUUAUUUCUUAUGCAUAUUUCCUAACCAUAUCAUUGGUUUAUAUGAUAUGUUUUGUGAUAUUUGGCUCCGUUAUAGGGCUGAAGUUCUUCACAUUGAAUUCCUAUGGCAUACAAUUUGUGUUCUAUUUCAUUUACAUUAAUCUGCAGAUUUCAUUUGCCUUCCUAGUGGCAACGAUCUUUUCAAAUGCCAAAACUGCUACAGUUGCUGCAUACAAAUAUGUAUUUGGAUCAGGGCUCUUAGGAGCCUAUCUUCUCCAAUUCUUUGUUGAAGAUACAUCUUUUCCAAGAGGUUGGGUUUUGGUGAUGGAAAUCAUUCCUGGUUUUUCCUUGUUUAGGGGACUAUAUGAGCUUGCACAGUAUUCUUCUACAGGAUAUUACAUGGGAACCGAAGGCAUGAGAUGGAAAAAUUUGAAUGAUGAUGACAACGGAAUGAUGGCUGUCCUAAUUAUCAUGCUCAUAGAAUGGAUAAUUUUUCUCCCGCUUGCGUACUACUUAGAUCAAGUUGCUUCCUUUGGAAGUGGAAUCAGGAAACAUCCUUUAUUUUUCUUACAAUCCAUCAGGAAGAAACGCUCACUAUCUUUUAACCGACCAAGUCUUCAACGACAAGGAUCUAACGUUUUUGUAGAUAUGGAAAAACCUGAUGUUUCUCGAGAGAGGGAGGCGGUUGAACAAUUACUAAUGGAAUCCAGUACAAGCCAUUCUAUCAUCUGUGAUAACUUGAAAAAGGUCUAUCCAGGGAGGGAUGGAAACCCCCCAAAAUUUGCAGUCCGUGGCCUCUCUCUUGCCUUGCCUCGAGGGGAAUGCUUCGGCAUGCUUGGACCCAAUGGUGCCGGGAAGACCACCUUCAUCAAUAUGAUGAUUGGGCUUAUGUCACCUAGUUCUGGCCAUGCUUAUGUGGAGGGUCUGGACAUACGUACUGAUAUGGAUAAAAUAUAUACAAGCAUGGGUGUAUGUCCACAGCAUGACUUGCUCUGGGAAACACUAAGUGGUAGGGAGCAUCUGUUGUUCUAUGGUAGACUAAAGAACCUCAAGGGUGCCACCUUAAAAACUAAUGUGGAAGAAUCAUUGAAGAGUGUAAAUCUUUAUAAUGGAGGUGUUGGGGACAAGCAAGCUGGUAAAUAUAGUGGGGGUAUGAAGAGGAGGCUGAGUGUUGCUAUUUCACUUAUUGGAGAUCCUCAGGUUGUAUAUAUGGAUGAGCCGAGCACAGGACUAGACCCAGCUUCACGAAACAACUUAUGGAGUGUAGUCAAACGUGCAAAGCGAGAUCGGGCAAUCAUUCUUACAACACAUUCCAUGGAAGAGGCGGAGGUUCUCUGUGAUCGACUGGGCAUCUUUGUUGAUGGCUGUUUCCAGUGCCUAGGAAACGCCAAAGAGCUGAAAGCUAGAUAUGGCGGGUCAUACAUAUUUACGAUGACAACAUCUGCUAGUGAAGAGAAGGAAGUGGAGAAUUUGGUGAGCCGUCUCUCUCCUAAUGUAAACAAAAUAUACCAUCUCUCUGGGACCCAAAAAUUUGAAUUGCCAAAGCAAGAGGUUCGGAUUGCCGACGUGUUCCAAGCUGUAGAAAUUGCAAAGAAAAAAUUCACAAUCCAAGCUUGGGGAUUGGCUGACACCACCCUUGAAGAUGUCUUCAUCGAUGUUGCUCGUAGUGCACAAGCUUUUAAUGUUCUCUCAUGAUAAUGCCACUACAAUCACAAAUUAAUGCAUGGACUUUUUUCAAAUUUUUAUGUAUUUUAUUUCAAUUUUGGGUGGUGAGAUCUGAUGAUUGUUAGUCUAUAAUUAGCAAUGGGUGGGUUCCCAUAAAUCGAAAAUAUCAUUGUAUGUUAUUGGACUUGUGGUCAUAAUGCUUGUAUACAGUACUGUUUAUUAUGUUUUGUGAAAAUGAAAUACCUAAUUUCAUGCAGUC